AUGAUAUUGAUCUUAUACCUCAUAUACAAUUUGUAUGCAAAACACGCCACUAAUCAAGCAGAAUCAUUGAAAUCACUAUCAAAUGAUCUAUAUACUGAUUCAUUUCGUUUUAUAUCUGAACUGUUACAAAAUGCGGACGAUGCAUCACUACCCAAUGUCUUAAAUAAUCGAUCAAAAGUGACAAUUGCUACAAUCAAUAAUUAUCUAAUUAUUGCUCUUAAUGAUAUCCCGUUUAGAAAUAAGGAUUUAAGAACCGUAUCGUCUAUCAACAAUGGAACAAAAAUUAAAGAUCAACUGAAGAUAGACUAUAAAGGACUCGAUUUUAAAGCUGUAUUUGGAAAAUCCAGUUAUGUAUUGAUUUAUACAGCCGGUGAAAAUUUUCGUUUUGAUUCAUCUUACUUUGAUUCAUCCAGUAAUUUUCCUUGA